GGCGAGCAGUGGCAGCGGGCUCUGGCGCUGCUCAGCGAGAUGCCGGAGGCGAAGCUAAAGCCGAACGUCCUCAGCUACAGGUCUGGAAUCAGCGCGUGCGAGAAGUGCGGGCAGUGGCAGCCCGCUUUGGCGCUGCUCAGCGAGAUGCCAGAGGCGACGUUGGAGCCCAACGUCAUCUCGCUACAGAGUUGGGAUCAGCGCGUGCGAGAAGGGCGAGCAGUGGCAGCCUGCGCUGGCACUGCUGAGCGAGCUGCGGGACGCGAGGCUGGAGCCCGACGCCUCGUCAGCUGCACCACUGGGAUCAGCGCGUGCGGGAAGGGCGGGCAGUGGCAGCGGGCUCUGGCGCUGCUCGGCGAGAUGUGGGCGGCGAAGCUGGAGCUUGACGCAUUCAUCUACACCGCUGGGGUCAGCGCCUGCGGGAAGGGCGGACAGUGGCAGCGGGCUCUGGCGCUGCUCGGCGAGCUGUGGGCGGCGAGGCUGGAGCCCGACGCCUUUCAGCUACAGUGCUGGGAUCAGUGCGUGCGAGAAUGGCGAGCAGUGGCAGCGGGCGCUGGCCCUGCUGAGCGAGAUGCGGGAGGCGAAGCUGGAGUUCGGCGUCAUCAGUUUCAACGCUGGGAUCAGUGCGUGCGAGAAGUGUGA